GCUACGACAUUCUGCUUUACGGUAGCGUCGCUUCCUUUCGGACCGGCGGUCUGUCGGUGUUUUUCUGUCUGAGGAUCAGUGUGUUAAAGAGCUCGAUAAAACAGUCUGUUGUUCACGACAUCUGUGCUCUUCACACAGAGUUAGGUCAUGGCAAAGUUCCAUGCUCCUGUGAUCCAGGACAACCCAUUAGGGUGGGGUCCAUGUGCAGUUCCAGAGAAGUUUAAAGACAUGCCCUACCAGCCUUUCAGCAAAGGAGACCGCCUGGGAAAGGUUGCUGAUUGGACUGGAGCAACUUACCAAGACAAGAGAUACACAAACAAAUACUCCUCCCAGUUUGGAGGCGGUAGUCAAUAUGCUUAUUUUCACGAGGAGGAUGAGACAAGCUUUCAGCUGGUGGACACUGCCAAGACACAGAAGACAGCCUACCAGAGGAACCGCAUGAGGUUUGCUCAGAGGAAUCUGCGCAGGGAUAAGGAUCGAAGGAACCUGACACAGUUCAACAUGCAGACACUGCCAAAAAGUGCCAAACAAAAGGAGAGGGAUCGUAUGCGCUUGCAGAAGAAGUUCCAAAAGCAGUUUGGUGUUCGUCAGAAAUGGGACCAGAAAUCUCAGACCCAGCUGAAGCCCAGAGAUUCCUCUGUGGAGGUGAGGAGUGACUGGGAGGUGAAGGAAGAGAUGGACUUCCCCAGACUGAUGAAGAUGAGAUACAUGGAAGUGUCUGAUCCUGUGGACAUUGAGUGCUGUGGUGCUCUAGAGUACUACGAUAAGGCUUUCGACCGUGUCACCACCCGCAAUGAGAAGCCACUUAAGAGCAUCAAGAGGAUCUUCCACACGGUCACAACCACUGACGAUCCUGUCAUCCGCAAGCUGGCUAAGACGCAGGGCAAUGUGUUUGCCACUGAUGCCAUUUUGGCCACCUUGAUGUGCUGCACACGUUCGGUCAAUUCCUGGGACAUCAUUGUGCAGAGAGUCGGCAACAAGCUGUUUUUCGACAAGAGAGACAACUCUGACUUUGAUUUACUCACCGUGAGCGAGACGGCCAACGAGCCCCCCCAGGACGAAGGCAACUCCUUCAACUCGCCACGUAACCUGGCCAUGGAGGCCACGUACAUCAACCACAACUUCAGCCAGCAGUGUUUACGCAUGACUGGAGAGCGCUACAAAUUUCCGAACCCCAAUCCAUUUGUGGAGGAGGACAUGGAUAAGAGCGAGGUGGCAUCUGUUGCCUACAGGUACCGCCACUGGAAACUCGGCGAGGACAUCGAUCUGAUUGUACGCUGUGAGCACGAUGGAGUGAUGACUGGGGCCAACGCAGAAGUGUCUUUCAUUAACAUCAAAACCCUUAACGAGUGGGACUCCAGGUACUGCAACGGAGUGGACUGGCGUCAGAAGCUGGACUCCCAGAGGGGCGCUGUCCUGGCCACAGAGCUGAAGAAUAACAGCUACAAACUGGCUCGUUGGACCUGCUGUGCCAUGCUGGCCGGGUCAGAGUAUCUCAAGCUGGGAUAUGUGUCCCGGUACCACGUAAAGGACUCUGCUCGCCACGUCAUUCUCGGCACUCAGCAGUUCAAACCCAACGAGUUUGCUAGCCAGAUCAACCUGAGCAUGGAGAACGCCUGGGGCAUCCUCCGCUGUGUCAUCGACAUCUGCCGCAAGCUGGACGAGGGCAAGUACCUCAUCCUCAAAGACCCCAACAAGCAAGUGAUUCGAGUCUACAGCCUGCCUGAUGGGACCUUCAGCUCUGACGAAGAGGAGGAGGAAGAUGAGGAUGAAGAGGACGAGGAUGAAGAAGAUGAAGAAAAUUGAAGACUGGAGACUGAAUGGACCAAAGUGGCGACUCGUCAUCAACACGCUGUUCACUUUUUUUGACGUCCAGUAAAAUCAGCAGGUCAA